AUGAUCAACAACUACCCUUUGUUACCUAGGUUUUUAUUCCCUAGUUCCUGCUCAGGGAAGAGGGGCUGGUCCCCACAGCUGACAGAAGCUUCUGGAAAGUUCCGUGGGUCUCUGGUAGCAGCUGUGGGAGGGCUCCAGGUAAUGGCACCAUUUCCGGGCCCAGCCGCCCCUCACAGCCGGGUAACGGUGGGGGACAGAGCGGGACUCAGCUCCAGGGUACACCGGGGCCAUCAACUUUUGAGGAAAAAGAAGCUGUUUCGGUGCCCGCUAGCCCUGCGCUUUUCAGGAAGAAGAGGAAAUGACUGGGUGGUGCCAUGCGCCUUGUUGCGGCCAUCAACUUUUGAGGAAAAAGAAGCCAUUUCGGUGCCUGCUGGCCCUGCACUUUUCAGGAAGAAGAGGAAAUGGCUGGGUGGUGCCAUGCGCCUUGUUGGCACAUCCCCAGGGAGACAGUGUCCAACGGGAUCCUUUCUUGAAUUUAGAAGACGAAUAAAAUUACAAGAGCAGUACCAAGUUUCUGAUACCUGUAUAAGCCGAGUUUUCAGCUUUUGGUGUGGCAAUUUGGCAAGUGUUAUACGGUAUUUCCCAACACAGGCUCUAAACUUUGCUUUUAAGGACACAUACAAACAGAUUUUCAUGUCCAAAGUGGAUGAAGAAAAACAGUUCUGGAAAUGGUUUUUGGCAAACCUGGCUUCUGGCGGAGCAGCAGGAGCAACAUCCAUGUGGGUAGCGUACCCAUUAGACUUUGCACAAACUCAUUCAGCUGCUGAUAUUGGGAAAGAUGCCACUGAGCGACAGUGCCAGAGAUUUCGUGACUGCGAUAUUAAAAUUGCAAAGACGGAUGGAAUUCCUGGCCUGCACCAGGGUUUUUGUGUUUGAGUACAGGGAAUUAUUGUACACCGAGCCUCCUAUUUUGGAUGUUAGGAUACCAUUGAGGGAUUAUUGCCAAAUCCACAACAAACUUCAUUCAUUCUUUCCUUUUUCAAUGCUCAAGUUGUGACUACAUUCUCAGGAAUGCUGUCUUAUCUUUUUGACGCUGUCAGGAGACGCAUGAUGAUGCAGCGCAGGGAGACUGAAUGUCAAGAUAAAGGAACCGUGGACUGCUUUAUGAAAAUACACGAGCCAGAGGGGCUUAAUGCUUUCUGCCUUGGAGCAUUCUCCAACAUCCUCCGUGGAACCGGAGGAGCCUUAGUGCUAGUUCUUGACAAAAUUAAGGACAUUUUUAACCUCAAUGUUUCAGAGAGUUCAGGACCUGAUUAA